AUGGUGGCCAAUGCCUUAAGUCGUAGGGCGGGGAGUUUAGGGAGCUUAGCAUAUUUGUCAGCAGCAGAGAGACCAUUGGCACUGGAUGUUCAGACCUUAGCCAACCAGGAGCGUCAGUAUGAUGACCCCCAUCUGCUCGUGUUUAAGGAUGCGGUUCAGCACGGGAUUUUCUUCAUCACAUUCGCGAAGGGUUCUCGCGUUCGCGUAAGGCAUCUGGGAAGGGCAACUGGGUUUUUUCUUCGCGUUCGCGAAGGUCUUGCAGCAGCUAAACCAGCAAUUACACCACUGGAUGCCAACAUGAAACUCACAAUAACAGAAUAUGAUGAACACCUCAGAAGAACUAAGCCUACUGCAUUGUUAGAUGAAGAACUGUCACAUUUAACUCCUUAUCAAAAACUGAUAGGUAAACUUCUAUACUUAACAAUGACAAGGCCAAACAUCUCAUUCAGUGUACAAACACCGAGUCAAUUUCUACAAAAAUCAAAGAAAUCUCACAUUGAAUCAGCUCUAAGAAUUGUGAAGUAUAUCAAGAACAGUCGUGGACAAGGGAUACUACUCUCCAGUACAUGCAACAACACAAUUGCAGCUUAUUAUGAUGCAUAUUGGGCUGCCUUCCCACACUCAAGGAAAUCCGUCUCAGGCUAUCUAAUCAAAUUUGGAGACAUUUUAAUAUCAUGGAGAUCAAAAAAACAAACCACAGUUUCAAGAAGCUCAGCGGAAGUGAGUAUAGAAGCCUUGCAGCGAUUGUGGCAGAACUUAUCUGGCUAG